AGUCCAACAGUCGUUUUCUGAAGCUGUGUCCACAUGUCCUGUCUUUCUCUUUAAAGGUUUAUUGCUGUUUGGAUGUCAAGCUAUAUCUUUAACAACAGAAUCCUGAUAAGGAUCUCACUUAGGGCACAUACACGAAACAACAUGUGCACUUCUGUUUCUGUGGUCCUUAUUAUCGGACUGCAGACAUCAAGACGGUUACUUCACCUCUGCAUGUCUAGAGGCAUCACGUCAGUAAAAGAGGGAAAAGGAAGCUUGAAGUGGAAUUCCUGGCUGUACCUGGAAGAACCUUCACUGAGACAUCACCAUGGAAGGAGAGAACAUCACAGAAUACACCACAAUGUAUGAUUACAGCACUUUUUUUACUGACGAUGGAAACUACAAUCCUAUCAGCUACAGCGACGUAAUGGACUUCAUCAGAGUGUUUCUGGCCACUCUCUAUAGUUUGGUUUUCAUCCUGGGCUUCAUAGGUAACGGACUAGUGGUGUGUGUCCUGGUGAAGCAUCGCAAUCAGAGCAACCUGACAGACAUCUGCCUCUUCAACCUGGCACUCUCUGACCUCCUCUUCGUCUUCACGCUGCCGUUCUACUCUCACUAUGCCAGGGUCGGCCAGUGGACUUUUGGAGACUUCAUGUGCCGUUUAGUCUCCGGCUCUCACCAGAUUGGCUUCUUCAGCAGCAUCUUCUACAUGGUUGUUAUGACGCUGGACCGCUACAUGAUCAUCUUGCACGCUCACAGGGUUGCACGUUAUCGUACAAAGAAGGCAGCCAUCAUUCUGACCGUGCUCGUUUGGAUGCUGAGCUUGUUUGUGUCUCUGCCGGAUUUUAUCUUCACACAGGAAACAGAAGAGUACCAGAAGUUUGGAUGUGACUAUCCCGAGGAGAGCAAAAUCUGGGCUCAUUACAACCUGUUCACUAUAAAUGUACUGGGUCUUGUGAUUCCUUUGUUGGUGAUGGUAGGUUGCUACUCCAGGAUCAUUCCCACACUGGUGAGCAUGAGGACCUCAAAGAAGCACCGCAUCGUCAAGCUGAUCAUCUGCAUAGUGGUUGCAUUUUUCUUGCUCUGGGCUCCAUUUAACAUUUCUCGUUUCUUGAAGUUUCUUCAGGAAAAAGGAAAAAUCCCACAUGAUGAAACUUGGGAGAAAAAUUUAAUGAAAUCAAUAAUAGUGACCCAGGCCUUAGCUUACGCUCACUGCUGCCUGAACCCCAUCAUAUAUGCUUUUGUGGGAGAGAAGUUUAUGAGACGAGCCUUGCAGCUGCUGAAAAAGUUUGUGCCUGGUUACAGCAGAGAUGUGGCAGACAGGAGAAGCACAGUUAUGUCCAGAUCCACUGAAGUCACCUCCACUUACAUCUAUGGAGGUCAGUUGUAGCCACAGUACUCUUCACCGGUGUCUUAGCUUCAAGGCCUGUCUGCACACGUUUAGACCAUUUCAAUGAGUAUAACCUCUUAGCACUGCCUCCUCCUUACAGAAUUUCAAGUCUUUUCUAAACUCUGUGUAAUGCUUUUCCUUCGUCUGCUCAGGCCAAAUGAAACUUGCUGUUCACGGCAGCCUGUAACAGUUUGCUUUCUUCUUUUAUGUGUUUUUAAUGAGCUGUGGAAAAAGUGUUUCAUUCAAAUGUAUCGCGUUAUGAAGUUAAGGUUUAGAAGCAUAAUUUCCACAUUUCACAUCAUAAUGGAAUUUGAUAUGUUUAUGUGGAACAAACUUUCCAGUGUUGCCAGAUUUUAUGCUCUCACUUUUGUAUUUCUGUACAUUAUACGGUGUGCUGUUUUUCAUUCUAAACAUAUUCUAAAAUAAACUUUUUCUGAUGUUUGUACAAAACCUGUACUUUCAUUUAUAUAUUUCAAGCUAAUCUCUUUCUAAAUUUCAAAUAUAUGCAAUUUCUCUUUCUUUUAUAAUUUCAUGAUUUCAUGAUGUAUUUGUAAGUACCCUGCAAAUGGAGAGAUCAAAGUCUUUCAUGUACUUAUUUCUCAUCUUGUUUCUGUGUAACUGUUUUCUUAGGACAAUAAAUGAUACAGCACAUCUUGAACUUGAAAUGAAAGUCAUACACUUGGUCAUUGAGCAUUCUUGUCAGAUUCCAAAAUUACAUUUGAGAUAUGUACAUUUGGUAAGACAUGUUAGGUAGUUUCAGAUCAAUGUAUUUAUGGUUGCAGCCACCACUAAACACUAGCAUGAUUUAUUUCAGGCAGGAACUGUGAGUAA